AUUACAUCACAGAUCGAUAUCUCGUAAAAAUUCUUUCGUUAUAGCCACCACCUUCAUCUUUCCAUCCUUCAUCUUCAUGCAAAUUACAAUAAUUGUUAUCUCCUGAAUUCGUAAUUUCCCUCUAUCAAAGAGACAGGAGGAGGGCAGCUGUCGACUACGUAACGAUUUCACAGAGGGUUAUCAUAAUUCCUGAAUCAUGCAUAGAGGCAUCGAUAACGAUUCAUUUUCUUUACUGAGAAUAGAAGGAGAGUAACGCGUGUAUCCUUUCUAUCCCAUCUCUUUUUCAUCUCCUCCAUUAAAAGGCGGUAAUAACAUGAAAUAAAUACACGAAUUACAUGAUCGAUGAACAGAGAAUACCAAUAGGGAUCAAAGUGGUUACUCGCCUCCAUAGCGAUAAUCGAUAUUCCACUCUGUAUAGCUCGAACGGUGGCAGCCAGUAUUUUAAUCAAGCGGAAACGAAGAUAUGAAUUUUCUGGAGAACGACGUAGCCGUCAGCCUGACGUCAAUUUUUAUGAAGUUCGUGGGAAUAUGGAUGACCAAUAUCAACAACGGAUGAGAAACAUCAUGGUUGCCUACAACGUAAUCGCCAUUUUCUUCGCCCUGUGGAUACAAACUAUGGACAUGUAUCACUCGUGGGGCAAUAUUAGAGCAUGCCUCUUCUCCACGUCCAACACGUUGUCGUUGAUUCUGCCUCUGUUGAAGAUAUUCAUCCUGCUUUGUCACAAACAAGAUUUCUUCCGUUUGGUCCUGUACAUGAAAAGGAAUUUUCUUCAAUUACGACGAUCACGAGAGAAAGAUCGUGAUAGGUUGCAACCAAAAGUGCACCUUCUUCAUCUGCUUCUUCACGUUUCUUACGAUCGCGACUACUGCCUCUUACAUGGUUAUUCCACUGAUCGUGAAUAUUGGGAAAAACGAGUCGGACAGAGUGCUCCCAUUCAACAUGUGGGUUAACCUGCCACUAAGUAUGACUCCAUAUUUUGAAAUUUCCUUCGUUUUAUAGGUAUUGCAAUUUCGUUUCCCUAAUACAGAAUCGUUGAUAACAAUAGGAAGAUUUCUCUUCUAUUUUUUUUGCAUCCAAUAAAUACAAAUAUUUAUAAUACUUUUUUAUAAAAAAAAAAGUUUAGAAUUUUUGUGUGCCAUUAUUAGGUCUUGUCCCUGUAUCAAAUUGCGGUGAGUUACUUCU